UGUAAAUGUAUGCAUGGAAGAAGAAGAAGGCCAAGAUGCGCUGGUCGACUACGACAGCGAUAGCAGCUUUAUCACGGUAAUAGAUAGAGAAGCAAAAGAUAAAAACGAGGAGACAGUAAGAAAAGAUAGAGAAGCAAAAGAUAAAAAGGAGAUGGAAAGAAGAGGUGCAAUCCCGAAAAAGAACUUGCCUAAAGUCAGAGAGAAUAUAGAUGUGACCAAAGCAUGGGAAGAGAACCGUCCAGUACUGCCAAUUGGAACCAAAAUAUUAUAUGAAAAGCAAGAAAAAUUGGUCGAAAAAAAUGGACAAUUCGAUGCAGGUGCUGGAUAAAGUAAUGACGAAGGCCACCGAGAUGAUGGAGAAUAUGGUGGAAGUCUCCCGUUUAAACUUAGAGAAAGAAAAAGUUAAACUUAGACGUUUAGAGGUAAGCAAUAAAGAUACCCAAAGUUCAGUAGAAAACAGUAAACAAACGGUUAAAGAACUAGAGGUAGAGUCUAAAAAGAGAAAAUUAAAUGAAAUAACAGUCUGUUCAGCCGAAAAAGAUAGGAGUUUAGAGACAAUGAAAAGAGCUAUAGAA